AUGUCAGACACUACAAGCCAGGAGGCGGAGGGUACGGAGACAUUGAGUGCGGCAAACAGGCGGAGAUUGCAGAACCGACUGAACCAGCGUGCGAGUCGCAUGAGAAAGAAGGAGUUGCAGAAGCAGCAACAGCAGGACAAGAAUCAGGUUAGCAAAUGGGUCUUUUAUGUAGACCCGAGAACAGAGGACGCGCAGCUGGACGGGCGGCCGCUGGAUCGGAAGCGCUAUCAAUGGCGUCUUGCACAAACGCAACCGGUGUCGUCUCUUGGUGAUUGGAAAGCGUCUGGCUCGGAAUUGACUGUUGCCACCCGCAAUUACUACGGUACAGGCUUCACCGACGUGUUCCGCUCUCCCAAGCACCGUGACGAGAUAUUUCGCUUCUUUUGUAAGUUAUCAACGACCGAACGGGGUAUCUUUUUCCGUCGGCUGUAUGAAUUGGUUACUCGCCAUGUUGCACAGCACACGCUGGACAGUCAGCUAUUGUUAUCCGUGAUGCAGUUCAACGUGAUCCGGGCCGCGGGGGUGAAUGCUGCGGUCAUCGGCAUCGGGAUGGAUGUCAUGGCCGAAGAUGUCAUCUCGCCCUUCUACACCGGCGCCGGUACUCAGCUUGCUCUGCCUUCCGCGCCUGGCGGUAGCGCUCCAUACGACAAGGAGAUGCAGUAUCUGCCGCCGAACCUGCAGCCAACCGCGUUGCAGAAGCUGGUCAUCCACCACCCCUGGAUUGACGUCUGCGCUCAGCCUUCGUUGCGAGACGCGCUGCUGAGGCGGUUGCAUAAUCUAGAUGAGGAUGAGUUUUGCCAUCACAUGUUUCUACAAUCUGGCGAGUCGGACAAAGACGGCAUGAUUGGGAUGGUCGUGUGGGGGGAGGCCUGGGAUCCCGCGUCGUACGAAAUCUCGGCCACCAUGAUACGCAAGUGGCCGUGGAUAGUGAACGAGUGCCCAGAUAUCAUCAGGACGACAAAUUACUGGCGGGCAAAGAGACAGGAGGGUCCAUUGAAGAUUCUUUGA